AUUUGUGGUAAGGUCUAAAAAAGAUAAAUACAGUUGAACUGUUUUUCCAACUCUCUUACUAAAGUCGUUGAGACACAAACAAACCAUCAACUUCUUUUUCAAUCGACGUACAAUUUUCCGGCGAAUAGUCGCCGGAAUCUGAGAUUCCUUGAUGAAUAGCAUGAAGAAGAGAGGAACUAAGAAGAGCGAAAAAUCGGAGAUUACUGAAUCAGUAAUAAUGAAGGAGAAGAAGAAGAAGAGGUGCAGAUUGAUGAAAUACGAGGAAUUACCUGUGUAUCUUCAAGAUAAUGAGUUCAUUAGAGAUUAUUAUCGUUGUGAAUGGCCUCUUAAGGAUGUCGCUCUUAGCCUCUUCUCUUGGCACAAUGAGACUCUUAAUAUUUGGACGCAUUUGAUAGGUUUUGUAAUAUUUGUGACGUUGACGGUAACUAGCUUGACGGAGAAGACGGCUAUGGAGACUCUGCUAGCUGGUUUCUCCAGACCAGCGGAUGAGGGACGGUGGCCGAUGAUGAAGAAAAAUGGAUCAGCUGAUUCUUUUCCGGUUUCUUAUACUAGUCAGAUCUCAAACCCCUCAUUUCUAGGUGCAUAUGGAGAUGGUUAUGAAGUUGCCAUAUGGCCUUGGUUUGUUUUCCUAGGAGGGGCUAUGAUCUGUUUGGUCUUCAGCUCUGUCUCUCACCUAUUUGCUUGCCAUUCCCAUAAAUUUACCCUCUUCUUCUGGCGUCUCGAUUACUCUGGGAUUUCUAUCAUGAUCAUCUGUUCUUUCUUCGCUCCCCUAUAUUACACUUUCUGCUGUCAGCCAUACUGGUGUCUCUUUUACCUAUCCUCCAUUACUAUAGUUGGUAUCCUUGUCAUUAUCACACUUUUCACCCCGGCUCUUACGUCUGGUAAAUUCAGAUCAUUCAGGGCUGCUCUGUUCCUUGCUAUGGGUUUCUCAGGUGUGAUUCCAGCAGCACACGCUGUUUCCCUUUACUUUCAUCACCCACAAGUACUUGUGGCUCUAGUCUACGAGAUCGCCAUGGGCCUUUUAUAUGCAGCUGGAGCAGUGUUCUACGUUACGAGGUUUCCAGAGAGAUGGAAACCUGGUGCAUUUGACCUUGUUGGACAAAGCCAUCAAAUCUUCCACGUACUCGUCGUUGCAGCUGCCCUCGCGCAUAGUAUAGCAACUCUGGUUAUUAUGGACUGGCGACGAGGAUUGCCACCAUGCAGUGCAGAUAUCCUUGGAUAGACUAUACAUUUGCAAAUGGAAUUAUUCCCAACUCAGAAACUUCAUUACUCGUAGCUCCUAACACGAUCAGGAUUCAGGAAGUUAUCACUAUAUAUUGAUUCCCAACUAGAUGCCUCACCAUUGUUAUGAGUAGUAGUUUACGUGCAUCAAUAACGUUGAUAGUUCUCAUACUGCUUCGUAUCUUACUGAAAUAUAUAUGUCCCUUGUACCAUGGAUUCCUAUGAGUCCAUAUAUACGCGAUAUUUUGAUACCUAUUUUUGAAGACUG